AUGGUACUCGAUGGUUGCGCAUUGACAUUAUCUAACUCAUCAUCAUCAACAUCAUCAUUAUCACUAUCAUUAUCAUUAUCAUUAUCAUUAUCAUCAUCAGUAAUGUCUAUAGCAGCAGAAAAUCUCGACCAUUUUUUAAAUACGCAAAGCGAGAUAGUAGAUUUAGACGAGGAGUCAUCAACAGCUUCACUUAAAGCACAAGCAUUCAAUUCACCGGGUGGAGCUGAUUGCGAUGAUAUGACGAUACCGCCUACACAUACUGGUGGAGUGCUUUGUAAUGGUUGUGGAUUUGAGAUUAAGGAGAAGUAUUUGGUAAAGGUUGAUAACAAUUGCUGGCAUGAAAGUUGUUUGAUCUGUUGUACCUGUCGAAUUCCGCUUAGCGGGUCAACAUGUUAUUUACGUAGCGGGCAAUUCUACUGUAAAGAGGAUUACAUAGUACUUUUCGGUGUGAAAUGUAUGCGUUGCGGUCUACCAGUUCAGUCUACAGAUUAUGUCUAUCGAGUAUUUGCAAGUAUUUAUCAUCGUAAUUGUUUUAAAUGUUUUUAUUGUGGACAUUUGUUCAAAAAAGGUGACCAUUACAUGCUGGUAGAUAGACAAAUCAUUUGCAGACCAGAUUGUGAACCUUUGUUAUGUCAAGCACCAAUCUGUCAAUUUCACUCAUAUUUCGAUCAGAAUGAUUCGAAUUGCAAGACUCAAAAAAGGCCACGAACUAUUCUAAAUACGCAACAGCGAAAAGCUUUCAAAUUAGCCUUCGAGAAAACAUCAAAACCAUGUCGAAAGAUGCGUGAGCAAUUAGCAAAGGAAACAAAUUUAAGUGUGCGAGUUGUUCAAGUUUGGUUUCAGAAUCAACGUGCCAAGAUGAAGAAAAUUCAACGGAAACAGGAAGUAUCAGAAGCAAAUGACACAGCUAGUUCAGAGAUGGACAUUAAAUCCAAUGAUGAAUUAAAAUCCAACUGCGAUUCUGCUGAUGAAUUGGAAUCUGAAAACGAUGAUGCUGAAGUUGAAGAUACAGGUAGUAAUAAAGAAAAAGGAAAAGAAUCGAGUAAUCCGAUCGCACAACUAUUCCAGAUGCAUGCUGCUUACUUCUUAGCAUAA